AUGCCGGUCUUUCAUACUAAAACUAUAGAAAGCAUUCUUGAACCAGUGGCACAACAAGUGUCACGGUUGGUUAUUCUUCAUGAAGAGGCAGAAGAUGGAAACGCUAUGCCUGAUCUCGGACGGCCUGUACAAGCAGUUAGUAAAGCGGUAGCAAAUCUUGUAAAGGUUGGGCGGGAAACAAUUAACAGCAGUGAUGAUCCAAUAUUAAAACAAGAUAUGCCAUCAGCACUCCAUCGUGUUGAAAGUGCCUCCAAGUACCUAGAAGAGGCAUCGGCAAUGUUAAAAGGUGAUCCUUACUCUGGGCCAGCAAGAAAGAUUUUGAUUGAUGGAUCUCGUGGCAUUCUUCAAGGAACAUCAUCUCUUCUUCUUUGUUUUGAUGAAUCUGAAGUUCGUAAAAUAAUUAGAGAAUGUAAGAAGGUUCUUGAUUACCUAGCAGUUGCAGAAGUUAUUGAAACAAUGGAAGACUUGGUGCAGUUUUUAAAAGAUCUUAGCCCUUGUCUAAGUAAGGUUUCCCGUGAAGUUGGUGCUAGAGAGAAAGAACUUACUCAUCAAGUUCAUAGAGAAAUUCUUAUAAGAUGCUUAGAUCAAGUGAAGACUUUGGCUCCGAUUCUCAUUUGCAGCAUGAAAAUAUUUAUUCAUAUUAUUGCUCAAGGUGGUAAAGGGGCUGAGGAAGCUGCUGAAAACCGAAAUUAUUUAACAUCAAGAAUGACUGAUGAACUUCAUGAAAUAAUUAGAGUUUUACAAUUGACAACUUAUGAUGAAGAUGAAUGGGAGGCUGAUCAAUUAACUGGUAUGAAGAGAGCUAACAACGCUAUACAGAGUAAAAUGCGCACUGCCAAGGAUUGGGUUGAGGACCCUAUGGCAUUGCGUGGUGGGGUUGGAGAAAAAGCUGUUCGACAGAUAGUUGAGCAUGCGAGAGCUGUUGCAGAAAGAGCUCUUCCUAAUGAUAAAGAUCAUAUUAGCAGACUUUGCAGCGAGAUAUCAACUAUGACCAGUGCUCUUUGUGAACUUAGGCAAGAAGGAAAAGGAACAACACCUCAGGCUGAAACUUUAAGUCGCAAUCUUCAUGAAAGGUUAGGUGAUCUUAUGAGAGCAGUCAGCACAGCUGUAAACAACAGUGAGAGAUUAGGCGGUGAACAACCUGCUCAUACAGUGGCUGGUAGGUUGGAACAGGCAGGACGCUGGUUACAGCAUCCAGAGAGAGAAGAUAAUGGCUUAGGAAGAAGAGCUAUAUCCCUCAUCGUUGAUGAAGGCAAUAAGGUUGCUGUGGGUCUUCAAGGUGUCCAGAAAGCUGAAAUGAUUGCUUUGUGUGAACAAGUAGAUCGAUUAUCUAGGCAGCUUAGUGAUCAGUGCCGACGUGGCUUAGGCAGCUCUCCACAAGCCCAGCAAAUAGCCAGGACUCUACAAGAAAAAUUGCAUGAAUUGAAAGAUAGUAUUCAAACAGCGGUGGUGAAUAGAGUUGUUGAAGAUUUUGCUGAUAUCAAUACUCCUUUGAAACAGUUCACUGAAGCAGUUCAUGUUCCAGAAGGUGUAGCUGGGAGAGAUAUGAACCUAUCUGUGAAAGCUGGGUCUCUUGAUAAAGCAACAACUUCGGCUAGUCGGACUGGACGCCUGGUUGCUGCAGGAGGCACUGGUGGAAAUAAAAAGUUGUCUGAAUCUUUGGUAACAGCUGCCAAUCGAUUGGAAUCAUUAGCACCUCAGUUAGUGUCUGCUGGAAGAAUAAGAUUGGGAUAUCCAACAUCAAAAGCUGCUGAAGAACAUUAUGAAAACCUUAGGGGGCAAUAUGCUGAGUCUAUUGCCAGAAUCCGCUCUCUUUGUGAUGAUGCUAUAAAUUCUGCACAUUUUACUAAAAUAUCAGAGGAACAUAUGGCUAAGCACACUGUACUUUGUGAGGAUGCCAUUGCUAAAGGGGAUGCUGAAAAAAUGGUCAGCCAUACUACUGCAAUAGCUCGCCUAGCUAACAGAGUUCUUCAGGUUGCUAAACAAGAGGCGGAAAAUUCAGAAGAUCCAGCCUUUAUUGCGGGUGUUAAUAAGGCUGCUGAUCAUCUUCAAAACUGUGUUACCAGGAUGGUCCAAGAUGCUAAAGCUGUUGCAAUAAAUCCACUUGAUCAUGCUGCUGUCUCUAGAUGGAGAGAAUCUAACAGAGCUCUUAUGACUUCAGUUGGAGAAGUAAAGCAUGCUCUCACUCAUGACAUUCCUGAUAUGAAUGACCUUCAUAUUAGUGGCUGUUUUAUAGAUGUAUCAGAAGAGAAAAACGUUUGUGGCGUCCAUGAUUUGUUAUCUACGGAGUCAUCUAUCGAAAAAUGCUCAUUCCAGGCUUAUACUAACACUCCUUCAGAGCCUGUUUACCAGACACCAAUCUUUAAAACGCCUUACUACGAUGGACCAGAUUUUGUUCCUCCACGGCCACCACUACCCGGUGGCGAGCUUCCUCCUCCUAGACCUCCUCCUCCAGCUGAAACAGAUGAUGAAGAUGACAUGUUCAUGCAAGCUCCACAGCCUAACCAGCCAAUUAUGAUGGCUGCUCACGGACUCCAUGAAGAAGUUCGUCAGUGGUCUUCAAAGGACAACGAUAUCAUCGCUGCUGCUAAAAGAAUGGCUCUCCUCAUGGGUCGACUUUCUCAACUGGUCAGGGGAGAAGGAGGAACUAAAAGGGAUUUAAUAGCUACUGCUAAAGAAAUUGCCGAAGCAUCUGAGGAAGUUACCAGACUAGCCAAGGAACUAGCGAGAGAAUGUACUGACAAGAGAAUGAGAACGAGUCUUCUUCAAGUAUGUGAAAGAAUACCCACAAUUGGUACACAGCUGAAAAUUUUGUCUACUGUGAAAGCAACAAUGCUUGGUGCCCAAGGUACUGAAGAAGAUCAAGAAGCAACUGAUAUGCUUGUAGGAAAUGCGCAGAACUUAAUGCAGAGUGUUAAGGAAACUGUUCGUGCUGCAGAAGCUGCCUCUAUCAAGAUAAGAACAGAUGCUGGUAUAAGGUUGAGAUGGGUCAGGAAACAGCCAUGGUACCAUUACUAAAUUAUAUCUAUAUAACUACAUUGUAAUUUACAUAACUAUGUUGUAAUGUCUUACUAAUAUGCAUUAACAUAGCUAUUGUCGUUGAAAUCCUUAUUUGAGCAAUCAGCCACCCUUUCCAUUAUAAAUGCUGCCAUUACUAUUUAUGGGUAUUCUAAUUUUUUGUUUCUUUUUCUGUAGUAUUGUUUAAGGUGAGGGAUAUUUCUGAUGAUGCAAUGUUUCGAUAAAACCUUCUAAAUAGAUAGGGAGUAAGGUUUUAGAAGAAAGCCAUGUAAUGUAUAUAUGUGCUUCGCUUUAGUGAAAAUUAUUGCCAUUCUGAAAAUUUGUUUAUCUUUUUCAUAUCUUAAUUAAGUUUUAUUCUUUUUCUUUUAAUAUGAUGACAGUAAAUAUUAUGAAAUGCUCAUAUUUUAUGGUUAAGGUGCUGUGUCGCAUAGUGCAAUUUCUGUAAUAUAUAUUGUAUUAACAACGCUUACAAAGUAUGUGUAUUGAGGAGGGAAAUAAAUCAACAUAUAGAAUUUAUGAUAGCUAUUUAAAUAUAAAGACCAUAAUGUGAUUGAAAAACUGUUCCUUUAGAUGUUUAUGGAAUAUGAUAAUCGUAGAUUUGUAGUUGCCCGAAUUAAAACGAAGUAUAAAAGAUGGGAAUGUUUUUCAACUAUUUUAUGGAUCUUCUUCGAAAUGAGAAUCCCAAUGAAACUAUGAUUAUCUAAUUAGAGACAUAUUGUCAAUCUUCUUACCAGUAACCAAGCUUGCCUUUUUUUAUUCUAAAUUAAUUUAGAACUUUAAUAUUUAUAAAAUAUAUUUUUUACUAAUGCACACUAUAUAUUCUAUAAAUAUAGUCUAAUAAAUACUUUUAUUAGAGAGAACCAAGUUUGAAGACUGGACAUUAAUAACAGGCUAAUGGAUACACAAAAUAAAAGUUAAGUGGAAUCCAAAAAAGCAAUCUAAAUGCCAUUUGUAACAGCCUAAAAAUGAGGCUAAAUUGGACAAUCAUUAUUAAUUGAUUGUCUAUAUUAAUAAAUAAGGUAUUUGCUCCGUUAUUGGUGUCCAGCUUAUGUAUUUUGAAUUGCAGUAGCAAUGAUUUUUGUAAAAAUUAUUGAAACCUAUAGUGCAUUAAAUUCUUCAAAUGCAUGUAAACAGGUGCUAAAAUUUUGUCAGUUAAUUGAUAUAUCAGAGGUUUGAACAAACUGUUUUUAUUACAGUGAAGUAAAAGUUUUAUUGUAUUGAAUUCCUUUAUGAAAUUUAAAAAAAUAUAAAUUAGACAACUCUUAAACCCUUGUUUUUACAUGGGAGUGUUUUUCAGUUCACAUCAAUGGGUCUGUGGGGGAUCCAUAUGAAUAUUUAUUUAUCUUACAUUUACAGCAGUAUGUCCAUAUAGUU